UGUUUGUCGCCAACAGACGCUUCCGUUCCUGAUUGCCUCCAGUCCAAAGAACAAGUUCACCUGAUCGACGCCGGGCUGCUGAUCAACAUGGCCUACCCGUCCUUUCUCGGAGACAAGAGGGACAUCGACCUCAUGAUUGCUCCAGAGUCCAGCGCUGGAAACAUGUUUGAGACUCUGACUCUUGCCAGAGACUACGCAGCUGAGGUGAACAAGCCCUUUCCACAGAUCGGUGAUGAGAUCCUGGAGGACAGGGACUGGCCAAAGGACUGCUAUGUGUUCCAGGGAAAAGGAAAGGAGCCGACCAUCGUCUACAUGCCGCUUUUCAACAGACAGAACUGCAGAGAUGCAGAAGAAUACCAAGCCAGGAUGAAGGAGUUCUCCACUUUCCAGCGCCCCUUCAGCCAGGAGAAGGUUGACUUUUUGUUGAACACGGUCAAAACCAAUGUGAAGAACAACAGGGAGGUUCUGCUGAGAGAGAUCCGCAGAGCGGCCCUUCGCCGGGCGGAGGCAUAGAAAGUCUUUCCUCUGAGAGAGAUUUCAUUAUGUCUGAGACUGGAAACACUCCAGAUUAAACAACUGAGCUAAUUAACAUGAUGCUAUAGAAUAAAAAUCCUUUAAAUAACAAAGCUUCCCUGUAAAGAAACUAGUUAUUUUAGCGUGUAACUGAAUUCCUUUUCUAUUAAUAAUCAAACGAUAAUCUCUGAAAAUGGUUCAUUUAUUCAGUUCAUUCUAUCUAGCCCUGCUGUAGUUACUCUGCUCCCCCCCCAGGGGGCACACCUCACACUUUGAGCUGUGUCUGGUUUCUCUUAGUUUUUAGGUUGUUGGUGUUUUAUGAUCUAAAAUGAAUCAUUCAAAUCUGAGUUUCUUUAUUUCAUCGUUAUGUAUUCAGUUCAGUUUGUAAUACUCUGAGAUUCUUACACAUACGCUUCUGUGAAAUACACUAUAUUCCAUCAUUUUAAUAA